CUCACAAUUUUCCAAUUUUGGUACAUCCGCAACUCCAAGGACCCCCAACUCCCCCCCGCCAUCUCUCCCUUUCUUGAUACCCGAGAACCCCAUCUCCAUCUUGAGGCCUUGAUUCCUCUCCUCCUUCAACCCUAAAUCGCUUUCUCUGCUUCGAUUCAGGAAUAGCGGGUUUGGAUUUCCGGGUUGUUCUUGGCGAGACGUUAGGGCUUCGGUGUUUUUCUUGUGUUUGAAUCUUUGGGGAUGAGUUUGGAGGAUGAGGGUGAGAAACAAUCGCUGGAAUCCUCGAUUGAAACUGAACGCCUGCCUCGGAAGCCGAGUUUGAGGUAUACGAGAGAGUUUCUGCUCUCUUUUGGCGAUCUAGAUGCGUGCAAGAAACUGCCUGGUGGUCUUGAUGAAUCAUUUGUAAGUGAAUUUGAGACUCUCUUCAGUAAUGUGUGUGAGAGGGGUAUAGGAGGUUUGCCCUCAUACAGCUCGAAGAGGGGUGACUAUGGUUCGCUUCCAAGUAGAUUCGACAGUUCAAGUAGUUACCCACGUGGAGGCUCGGGGAGGUGGGAUACCCGUUCCUCUGGAUCAAGCGACAGAGAUGGAGACCUACAGUCUGAACGUGAAAGUUCCAUGCAAGAAUCCGGUAGACGUUUUGGCAACCAGGCACGUCGUUUCUGGCAACAUCAAGAACAUGAUGGACUUUUAGGAAGCGGAGCAUUUCCAAGACCUCCGGGAUAUACUGGAGCCUCAGCACCAAAAGGUCGAGGUAAUGGGCAUUAUCAGCUUAGUCGAAGCACAGAACCUUAUCAGCCACCACGACCAUAUAAGGCUGUACCUCAUUCAAGGAGAGAGCAUACUGAUUCAGUUAAUGAUGAAACAUUUGGCUCUUCUGAAUUUUCUACUCAGGACAGAGCAGAAGAGGAAAAGAGGAGAAGAGAAUCUUUUGAGUUGAUGAGGAAAGAACAACAAAAGGCACUCAAAGAGAAGCAUAAACAGACUCCAGAUAACCAUAAAGAAAACCUUGGUGAUGUUGAUCUUAUUGCAUUGUUGGAGACUUCAGAAGAGCACAAAAGCAAACAGAAUGAAAACAUGCUGGAGGUCUCUGCACCACCAUCAAAUUCCCAAAUUGAUUCUUCAAGGUCUUCUCUUAUACAUGUCCCUCCAUCAAGGCCACUUGUUCCGCCUGGUUUUGCUAGUGUAAUGCUGGAGAAGACUCUCAGUGUAGAGCCUUCAAACACUUGCACACCAGAGGCUAGGACUGCUGUUAUAAACGACAAGAGUCAUGUAAAUUAUCCAGAUAAUACUCAUGAAGAGGUGAUUCGCUCAGAUUCUGGUGGUGGAACUAUUGAGAAUUCUGUAAACUUUGAGAAAGAUCUUGGCAAGAAAUUUAGUUUACAAGAAGCAAAUGAAAUAUGGGAGAAUGAGAAUGGCUUGUCUAACCCAAAAGAGUUAAGGCCCAAGAUUGUGAGUUCAGAUCAGCCAUCAUCAAUUUUAGAUAAACUGUUUGGUAGUGCUUUGUCAACAAAUUUUAGCACUUCACCUUCAAUUAUUGAGCAUCAAGGUCAUAAAGCACAUGAAGACAUAAAGAGUCCUGCUGAAAUUGAGUCAUCAAAGUUUGCUCACUGGUUUUUUGACGAAGUAGAUAAAAAAGCAGUUGACGAUUUUUCGUCCAAGAACCUGCUCUCCUUGAUCAUCAAUAAAGAGGAAGUAACUUCACAUGUAUCUGAAUUUUCUUUAGACAAAAACUGCGAAUCUGUCAAGCCAAGUUUGCCUUUCAAAAACCUUGAAAGUGUUCAUAGGCAGUGUGAAUUUCCUGCUGCUGCUGCUCCUGUCACAAUCCCUACGCCAUACCAUCAGAGUGAUAGUCAAGAGACUAGUUCUGGUGUGCUUACUUGCGAGGACCUUGAGCAGUCCAUCUUGGCUGAGGUUAAAGACAAUAGUUCAGUUCUGUGGCAAUCUGUUCAAGGUCCUUGGAUGCAAUUGGAUCAUGAAUUGGAAGGGCACAAAGCCACUGUGGAUGAUCAUGCAUCAGAACAUCUUCUUUCUUUGUUGAGGAAAGGAACUGAUUCAAAAGAGUCCAUAUUACCAGCCGGGAUUGAUCUGAUGGUCUCACCGACUGACAGAAUUGAUAUAUCUGAUGGCAAAGCCAGUUCUGACAGCACUUCUAUUAAAGGCCAUAAAAAGGCUCCGAGCUCUGAGAAAGCCUUGACACUUGAAGCAUUAUUUGGGGCUGCAUUCAUGAGUGAGCUACAUUCGGUUGAUGCCCCACUCUCUGUUCAGAGAGGUUCUGUUGAUGAGCCUGAGAUUCCAGAGUCUCUGGAAUUGCAUCCUUCAUACAAACAUAACACUUUAGUGUCCCCUGCGCUUGGUGAAGUCCAAGCUUACAAGAUAACCUCUCAAGGCAAUGAGGAAGCUUUUACUCAUACCCAACAAGGAAAAGCUAAUAAGGUUCCGGGACUUGGUUAUGGGCAUAAUAAUGACUCUUCUAAUAUGGGUUUAAAGCUUGGUGAUCCAGCAGAAUCUAGAGCGGUGGCAGUGGAUAUUCACUUGCCAGAAGAGGACAGUUUGAUCACAGAUAGUGAUUCCUUUGACCGAAUUGCUUCUGACCCUGCACUUUUAAGGGUUCUAAAUAGAAAUGAGGGACCAUUAGAGCAGCCCAGUGAUUCAGUACUCAUGGCCAUUCUGAGGAACACUGAACAUACUGAACAAGGUCAUCUACCUCAGCCAAAUUUCUUGGAAGGUCCUUCUGGUAUAGUUGACUCUGAUAAGCUCCAUCACUUACAUGGUUGGCCAUCUUCACAAUUUCCUCAUCCCAUGAAUCAAGUGAGGCCUUUAUUUCCUCCAAUGGAGCAUCAUGGCAAUAUGCAUCCUCAGAUGAGGCUUAUUGGUUCAGAAAACAUCCGUCCUGAGCUUCAACAUCCUUUUGCUGCAAAUGUUUUUCCUCAGCAUGUUCUGCAUUCUGGUGACAGGCCACAGUUUGAUCCUGUUGGACAUCAUCCAAUGUUUCAGCACAUGCCCAUGCCCAUGCCCAUGCCAGGGAAUUUGCCGGCUCCCCAUCCACAUCAUGGUUUUCCAAGAGGUGUUCCACCACCAUAUUCAAUGAGUCCCAUGGAAGGUUACAUGGCUGAGAUGAAUAACAUGCAUGGUUUUCCCCUAAAUCAACGCCCGCCCAAUUUCGGUGCCCGUGGAAUGGGAAUGCCAGGACCUGCUAUAGGCAGUGGUGGGGGUGGUAACCCCCCACUUCUCAAUAGGUUGAUUGAGAUGGAGUUGAGGGCCAAUCCAAAGCAGAUUCACUCUGCCGCACCUGGGCAGAUUCCCGGCGUUUAUGGUCCCGAACUGGAUAUGAGUUUAAGGUACAGAUGAUCAUCUGUUCUUUGUAUAUGGCAUACAUGUACUCUGGAUCAUCCAUCAUUUCUCAACAUGAAGAACCAACUCUCUAAACCUUGGUUCCGGUUUAUUCCGUACCAAUGGAUAUCAUGUGAUACCUGAACAGAUGAAGUUGUAUUCUCUCUCAACUCGUACUACACUUGAAGAACAUAUUUAAUAGAGAGCCAUGGGGAAGGGAAAAAGAGAAAA